AUGGUUUGUAUUAAGCUGACCAACGGUGGCGCGCCACUGUUCGUGGCACUGUUCGAUUACGAUGCGCGCACCGACGAGGACCUGAGCUUCAAGAAGGACGAGCUGCUGUACAUACUGAACGAUAUGCAGGGUGAUUGGUGGUACGCCAGGAGCAAAAGUACCCGUCUCUGCGGCUACAUACCUUCCAAUUACGUGGCUCGCGAGAAAAGCCUCGAUGCUCAAGCGUAA